UACAAAACCCGGCAGUUAAGUACUUUUAAUAGGCAUAAACUUAAUCACAGAGAAAUACUGAUAAAACAAUUUAAAUGCGAUUUUAAAAAUUGUAAUAAAAGUUAUAAAUUGAAACAACAUUUGAUUCAACACAAAAAUACAAUUCAUUUAAAUGUGAGAUUUAUUUGUGAUUACAAUGAAUGCCACAAAAGUUUUAUAUCAAAAGGAAAUUUAAUUCAACACAAACGCAUACAUUUGGGCAAAAAACCAUUUGUCUGUAAAUUUAACAAAUGUAACAUAAGAUUUAAUUGUAAAAGUAAUUUAAAUCGACAUAAAAAGAUACAUUCGGGAGAAAAACCAUUUCUUUGUCAUUUCAAUGAUUGCAACAAAAGAUUUGUUUGUGAUUACAAAAAGUGCCAUAAAAUUUAUAAAUAUAAAGAAGGGUUAAUCAAACAUAAAAAUUAUGUUCAUUUAAAUAUAGUGAGAUUUAUUUGCGAUUUCAACGAAUGUCACAAAAGUUUUGCAGCAAAACAUCACUUAUUUCAUCACAAAAGUUGUGUUCAUUUGAAUGAAAAGAGAUUUAAGUGUAAUGAAGAAAAUUGUGGUAAAAAAUUUUCAACAAACUUAGAUCUCAUACGACAUAAACGCAUACAUUCGGGAGAAAAACCAUUUGUUUGUCAUUUCAAUGAUUGUAACAAAAGGUUUAGUCAAAAAAGUCAUCUCAAAGAACACACGAAAAGACAUUUGAAUAUAAAACUUCAUAAAUGUAUUCAUAAUAACUGUAAUCAACGGUUUGUUACGAAAGCGGAAUUGAGGCAACAUUUGAAUUGCAAACAUAAAUAA